AUGUAUUAUGUCUGCGAUAGUGAUAAUUCGCGAAUUACUAGAUGGAUGCCCAAUUCAAUAUUCGGUGUCUGUAUUGCUGGUUGUACAAGUGCUUUUCGAAUUUUGUUGAAUCAAUUAGACUGGGAUUUAGCUUUUACCUUCGAUAGAAACGGUUCAUUCUAUGUAUCCGAUAACAAAAAAAACAUCGAGUACAAAAAUUUCAAAUUCUCAAUUACCCUAUUUCAUACAAUUAUCCCGAAAUCGAUACGAAUCUGCCAUGGAACCAAUGUGAAAUUUCAUUUCCCAGCCCAACCAUCUCUGGUUUCAAUCCAUCUUGGCAUUUUCAUUGAUUCUGAUGACACGAUGUACAUUGCUGAUUAUGAUAAUCACCAGAUUUUGAUCUGGUCUAUAAAUACUAGUCAGUCAAUUUGCAUUGGGUUAUUAGUCGAUGUUAAAAAUAAUCUUUACUGUUCCAUUCGGUCGGAACAUCAAGUUGUGAAAGCCUCGUUUAAUAGUCAUAAUAGCACAGUAAUGACAGUAGCUGGAACGAAUCGGUGUAUAGCUACAAACGAACUGAAUCAACCAUAA